AUGGAAGCAUCGAUUACACGUCCCAAGCGACAAUCCAAAUUGCUAAAUUUGAACAGUUUCGAACAACGCGAUGAGUUGGAAGAAAAAUUGGAAAAUGGAUUUAAUAUGGUUCAGAGUCGAAUCACUGGUCUUCCGGAAAAAGAAUCGUAUGACGUCUUGUUACAAAUGGCUGGAGAAACGAAAAUUUUUGAAAGCAUCACGGGCGGACUUCUUUAUGGUUUGCUAACAGAACCACAAAGUGCGCAGAAGUACUUUUCUAUCAUGUCUCUGUUAGCACGAGAUGGCUGGUUUUGUGCCCUAUGCAAUGUCAACAUGAUUUUGUUUGAACUCUACCCAAGAAUGCGUUCGGAAGUACGAGAACAGAUUGUGUAUUUUUUCCGUGAAGCAAUCAAAUCAAACGUGCCAAAGAUUGAUAAUGUACUCAUCAACUACCUUCGCAAUGCAAAUGAUGGUAGUGAUUUGAAAGAAAGUUGUGCAAUUCUGAAAGCAGUUGCUGGGAUGCUAAGCGACAAUCAUACUUGGAUGAGUGAAUUAAAAGCAAAAGCUUCUCUUCUUCCUGUUACCUUGCUUACUUUUACUAGGUUUAUUUGUGACUUAAGUUCUUUCAAUGCAUUCGAGUCAUUACGUACGCAGAUGAUUAAUGUUUGUCACUGGUUGCUGACAGAACGAUUCUCUGAUUGCGCGCAGCUGGGACGAGAUCUGAUCUUAGCAUUAAUGAGAGUAUCAAAAAUACCGCAGUUUGCUGCAAUAUGGAAACAACUUUUGUAUUCACCAAGCAAAUUGGGACUUAAUAGCGUAGAAGAGCUAAUGAGUAGAACAUGCCCACAUACAUUUCCUCUUUAUCGUAUAUCAGUGGCUAUGCAAAGAAAACUGGAAUUUAUGUUUGCAAAAGUGAAACCGGGUACUCAUGAACGGCAUUUGGAAUGGUUUAAAAAGCAAUAUCUCUCGAAUCCAGAAGCUAGUAGUCUGCGAUCUGAACUUGUACGCUGUGCCAUAUUUCUUUCAUGUGGUGAAACACCUCAAAUUGGUCAAGAAAUGAAGGCAUUAUUUAUUGCAUCAAUGUUUUCUCAAACAAAUAGUAUAAUGGAGCAACAGUGGUGUAAACUACACCUUUUUUGGGACUGGUUUUGCUAUGAUCCUGCUACUGGUGGGCAUGUGCUAAUUGAACCUGCUUUUCAUGUACUACGUCACAUGCUACAUGUGCAACCGCUUUUAGCAAAUUCACUUGUUGAUUUCUUAAUACGAAUGAGUUAUGAACUUCAUCCACCUCUGCAGCAACGGAUAGCAACUUCGGUGACAAAUUCGUUCAAAUUUCUUAUAGACCACAAUAUUAUAGGGCCACCUUCUCUGAUUUUUGAUAGUCCUGUACUGCAGAAAGUUAUUAGAGAUACUUUUCGAGACACUUUCCGAGGAUUGUUUCGUCAACCUCAGACAGUGCAAACGCAUCCUCCUGUUGUAGGAUUAGGUAGAAAACUGAACGAACCGCUGAAACGUCUUUCAGAGCCUGGUGAGUUACUAGUGUCGGAUACGGAAGUAACACCAAGUGAAACCACUUCAACAGUAACUGAUGAUGCAACUGGCAUUGAUAUGUCGGCUGCUGAAGACUUAGGAUCAGUUGAUGAUGAAUAUGGAUUAUCAUGUGAAGAGAAAGUUAUGACUCUUCUAGCUGCCGUCAAGGAAGAAUUCCGAGAGCCAGUUGAAAAUUUAUCAACUGCAAAGUAUUCGGAUAAUGACAUGCGUUGUGAAAUGAUGCAAAGAUUGUUGUCUUCCAUCUUCGACAAUGAUGAAUUACUAGAUGAGGAGCAAAUCGAGUUGUUAUCUGAAUGUCUUCUACUUAUUUUGAGAAGGGAUAUUCGAGAUAGGAAACCGCUUUCAGAAAAUUUUCUAGACGUUCCUGAGGUUCUGGAAGAUAUGUUCAAUCAACCGCUUUAUGUGAUAUUCCGAAACAUAUGCUUGACACCUGAUAGUGAUGCUACUAGACAAUCGCUAUUGUCAUUAAUUGUUGAAAUGUGUGAAAAGUGUUCGUCUGUAUCGUAUUUAUUAUUAUUCUUUACUUCCUCAAAUCGCCGAGAUCAGAAUGAUACUGCAGCUGCAGCUUAUGUAGAUCUUUGUCGACUCAUGGAUAAUUCACUAAUUCAACAAAUUGUUUCAGACUUACAGCUUUGUCAUAUUGAUGAUUACGUCUUGUUUGCUCAUCUAAUUCCAUAUGUAUAUGAAAAAUUUGCUGUCGAAGCAAUGGGUAGCAUUGAUCUGAUGAAACUGCUAGCUCACUCAUUAGAUGCACGUCAAAUCGCUGAUCUUAUUGGUGAAAUGAUUCGAGAAAAUAUUUCAUUUUUCAGGAAAGAUUCUUUCCUUCCUAUAGUAAGUGCUUCGCUGUCUUGGGAAACUACAGCUCAGUUUAUCUUUUGGCAAUUGGUGCAUGCUGAAGGCAUUCCUGUGGAUUGGGUCUUGCAAAUUAUUCCUAAACUGCAGUAUCCGAAACAUUCUGAAGCUAUUUCACAAAUUUAUAUCAUGCUUCAAAGAAUGGAUCGUGAGCCUAAUAUGGGCUUAAUACGAAAUCUUUUAUCUCGACCAUCAUCGGAUAUGUUUACCGUCAAUUGUCUGAAGUUAUUGGUUAGAGAUCCAGAUUAUGCAAGUCGUGUAGCAGAAUUGCUGUCCAGUCUCAUCGAUAAAUUGAUUCAGUCUGGUGAUCUUCUUCCUGUUCAUUCAAAGGGAAAACGUCCAGCCCAAAGAUAUGUUUGCUUAGAUCAACUGUUUUUGCAUCUUGACAGGUUUCGUCAAAGUUGCUUAUCCAAAGAUAGCCAUGUUGCUGAAGCCUUUCUAGCUCGCCCUUCCUUGCAAGAAGCAUUUACGACAGCAAGAGCAACUGAAAAAAUAUCCGCCCUUCGAAUACGCUACAAUGAACUUUUUGCUGUAAUGGAAAUAUUAAGUGACGAUAGCGCUCAAGGAGCUCGUUCUUUACGAAGAACUAAACCACUGAAAAAGAUGAACGAUGUGAGCGAUGUAUGUUUAACUGAAUUUGGUUUCUGA